AUGGAUUCCAGAAACGAUCUUGCUAAGCUCUCAACAUGCACGACUUGCCAAUUCAAAGAGAACAAGUCCAACUAUUGGACCGCUGUUUUAUACUUUAGGCACAAUAACGGCAGCUUUAUUCGUGUCCCGCAAAUGGCGAACCAAGGAACAGGUACGCCCAACGGUGGUAUGACGAUCUACUACGUGCAAAACGGUCUCAGGGUUACUGCUCCUCCAAGGGGAUUCCGCAUGAUCACAGGAAACCCCAUGCUCCGGAGUAAAGAUACCAAUGUCCCGAACAAAGUUACCAGCUUCCGGUGCUUCGGUGCAAACUUCCAGGACAGCAACGGGUCUCAGCCCCCUGGUGGUGGAACGGACACCGUUGAAUUCCCCACUAAGUUCUGUGCAGGUGGUAUUCGCGCCAAUACCUAUUUCCCCCAAUGUUGGGACGGGGUAAAUCUCGACAGCCCAGACCAUCAAAGCCAUGUUGCCCAUCCCAUUGGCCAACCCGACCCCUACACUGGUCUCUCUAUUUACGGCGGAACUUGCCCAUCCACCCACCCUGUCAGAUUGCCUAUGCUCUUCUUCGAGACUGUUUGGGACACACGGCCUUUCAGAGACAUUUGGCCCACCGAUGGCAGGCAGCCUCUAGUGUUCAGCAUGGGCGAUCCAACUGGCUAUGGACACCACGGUGACUACGUAUUCGGAUGGGAAGGCGACGCGCUCCAGAGGGCAAUGGACUCCUGCACCGAAUUCAAUGGCGUCCCGUCUUACUGCACAGCGCUGACUGUUCAGUCAGACGCUGAGAUCAACCGCUGCACUCAAACGUCUCGUGUUGCUGAAGUUGUUGAAGGACGCUACUUGGACACCCUUCCUGGAUGCAACCCGAUUCAGAACGGACCCGCCGAUGCAACCAUGCCCGCCAAUUGUGCCGCCGCCUCGACCAUUGCAGGUCCAGUGCCUACCGUCGUUCCUGCCCCCGGUACUACUCAGGCUCAGCCACCCGUCGUGACUCCCGCCCCUCCACCGCCACCCGCCCCGACUACUGCUCCAGUCCCUAAUGCGCCUCAACAGGCCCAUUACGGUCAGUGCGGAGGGCAAGGAUGGACGGGUCCUACAGUGUGUCAGGCCCCCUAUACGUGCACUUUCUCUAACCAGUGGUACUCUCAGUGCUUGUAA